CAGCAGCUCCCGCAGCAGCAGCAGCAGCAGCAGCUCUCCCGCCGCCUCCCCCUGGCCGGGAGAUGGUGACAUAUGAAGCGCGCUGGAAGGACCAUGGUUGAGCGGAACAGCAAGUUCCUACUGAUCGUGGCGGGCUCGGUGUGCUUCAUGCUCAUCCUGUACCAGUAUGUGGGGCCGGGGCUGAGCCUGGGCUCGCCGAGCCUCCGCUCUUACCAGGACGAGCUGGACCUGUUCCCCACGCCGGACCCGCACUACGUGAAGAAGUACUACUUCCCCGUGCGGGAGCUGGAGCGCCAGCUCGCCUUCGACAUGAAGGGCGACGACGUGAUCGUGUUCCUGCACAUCCAGAAGACGGGCGGCACCACCUUCGGCCGCCACCUGGUGCAGAACGUGCGCCUCGAGGUGCCCUGCGACUGCCGGCCCGGGCAGAAGAAGUGCACCUGCUACCGGCCCAACCGCAGGGAGACCUGGCUCUUCUCGCGCUUCUCCACCGGCUGGAGCUGCGGGCUGCACGCCGACUGGACCGAGCUCACCAACUGCGUGCCGGGAGUGCUGGACAAGCGGGAGAGCGCCGCCGCCAAAACGCCCAGGAAGUUUUAUUACAUCACUCUGCUGAGAGAUCCUGUAUCCCGUUACCUCAGCGAAUGGAGGCACGUCCAACGAGGAGCCACCUGGAAAACAUCCUUGCACAUGUGUGAUGGCCGGACACCAACUCCCGAAGAGCUGCCAUCAUGCUAUGAAGGCACAGACUGGUCAGGCUGUACUCUUCAGGAAUUCAUGGAUUGCCCAUAUAACUUAGCCAACAAUCGCCAAGUGAGGAUGUUGGCUGACCUGAGCUUGGUGGGUUGCUAUAAUAUGUCCUUCAUACCAGAAAACAAGCGAGCACAAAUACUGCUGGAGAGUGCUAAGAAGAAUCUCAGAGACAUGGCCUUUUUUGGCUUGACAGAGUUCCAGAGGAAAACACAGUACUUGUUUGAGAGAACUUUCAAUCUGAAAUUCAUCAGGCCGUUCAUGCAGUACAACAGCACAAGGGCAGGUGGAGUAGAAGUAGACAACAACACCAUAAGGAGGAUCGAAGAACUUAAUGACUUGGACAUGCAGCUGUACGACUAUGCAAAAGACCUCUUCCAACAGCGAUACCAGUACAAGCGGCAGCUGGAGAGGAUGGAGCAGAGGAUAAAGAAUCGGGAAGAGAGGCUUCUUCACCGGUCUAAUGAGGCACUUCCCAAGGAAGAGACGGAAGAGCAAGGGCGCUUGCCUACUGAGGACUACAUGAGCCAUAUUAUAGAGAAGUGGUAGCCUUGACGGAAUUUUAUACUGAGAACAAGAUUUUAGGGUUUCCAUAAUAAAAGAACAUGGAAUUAAAAACAGCAACUCUUAUUUAAAAACAAAAAAACGGUCUGUAAAACAGAAGGUAGAAUGCUUCUAUAAACAAAGGGUCUUUUUACUGUUUCUUAUAAGACCAAUGGGGUUCUUAAUAAAAUAAAAUAAAAUAAAACAAAAAAAUAUUAAGGAAUCAAUCCUAGAGAGCUCAGAGUUUAAAAUGCACAAGUGUAGGUCCCCCAGCUCUGAUGCCAAAUACAGUGUAAUGUUUUAUAUCCUCCUAGAUGCAAAUCUAGAGGUCAUGGAUAGCAGCUUUGUAACCACUGUUCUCCCUUGGCAAGAGUAAUUUGAUCCUCAAAAAUGUCAAAUGCUUUUCUCCCUUGCUCAAGCGAGGUUUUCAAUUGCGAAAGUCAUAAUAAAUGGCAGCGAAUUUGCCAGACAGUGA